AAGAUAUGAUCUGUCUUGGCUUCUUUAAAACCCUUGUAGCCUUCUCUUAUCUUUCUCACUUCAAAGGAAAAGAAAAAAAAAAGAAACAAAGCUCAAAGCUAGUAGUUCCAAGAUUGUGAGCAUAUAUACUUCUUCUUAACAAGAAGAAGAAGUAACAAGAAGUAACAAGAAACAAAGAGCGAGCGAGAGAGAGGAAACAAAAGAAAGUUUUUAGGAGAGGGGGUGGUGGUGUUAGCAGGAGAGGGGGUAUAUAGAAAGAAAGUGAAUUUUCAGUCCUCAAAAUAGGUUACGGUGUGAAAUACCAGGGGGGGUGUGGGGGGGUGGGUGUUGGGGCUAAGUUAUGCGAACAGGAGCAUCUAAUUGUGCAGUGCAACAGACCCUCACCACAGAGGCUGCUUCAGUUUUGAAGCAUUCUCUAAGCUUGGCCAGGAGAAGGGGCCAUGCACAAGUCACCCCUCUUCAUGUUGCUGCCAUUCUCUUAACCUCAAGAGUCAGUCUUCUUAGAAGGGCUUGUCUCAAAUCACAACCAAAUCAUAUAGCCACUUCUCCUCAUCAUCAUCAUCCUCUUCAGUGUAGAGCUCUUGAGCUAUGUUUUAAUGUGGCACUUAAUAGGCUUCCAACAAGUCCUGGUCCACUUCUUCAUGGCCAGCCUUGUUUGUCUAAUGCUUUAAUUGCUGCACUCAAAAGAGCACAAGCUCAUCAGAGAAGAGGCUGCAUAGAACAACAGCAGCAGCAGCAGCCUCUUUUGGCUAUUAAGGUUGAGUUAGAGCAGCUCAUUUUGUCCAUUUUAGAUGACCCUAGUGUUAGUAGGGUUAUGAGAGAAGCUGGUUUCUUUAGCACUGCAAUUAAAAGCAAUAUAGAGGAAUCAGCUUCUUCUGUUUCUUCAGUCUUUCAGUGUUACAAUAGUAGCCCUGCUGGGAUUUACUCUACACCUAGCUCUCCUCCUAAUUCUGAGAACCCUACUAGUAAUAGUUUUUGGAAUAAUUCCCAAAACCCUCUUCUCUUUUCCCCUCACAAGUACAACCAAAUUAAUACAGCUUCUGUAGAUAUUAAGUUGGUUAUUGAUGUGUUGCUGAGGAGUAACAACAACAAGAGGAGGAACGCAGUGAUAGUUGGUGACAGCGCGUCCAGCACAGGAGGGCUUGUUGCAGAACUGAUGGGGAAAGUGGAGAGAGGAGAUGUACCUGAGGAACUGAAAGGAUCACACUUUAUAAAAUUUCAGUUCACAGCAGCACCACUCAUGUUGAUGAAAAGAGAGGAAGUGGAGCUGAAUAUCUCAGACCUGAAAAGGAAAGUGGAAUCUCUUACAGGAAGUAGUAGAAGAGGAGUCAUUAUCUACACAGGUGACUUGAAAUGGACAGUUGACAGUCUUGCUGAUCAAAGAGGAUUAUCAAUGUCUAAGAAAGAUUACUCUACUACUGUUGUUAAUUACUAUAGUCCAGUUGAUCAUCUUGUAGCUGAGAUAGGAAGGCUAGUUUCUUCCUACAACAACAGCAGCUCAAAUGCAAAGGUUUGGUUGGUGGCUACAGCAAAUUAUCAGACUUAUAUCAAGUGCCAAAUGAAACAACCUCCUCUUGAUAUUCAGUGGUCUCUUCAACCUAUUUCUGUUCCAUCUGGUGGUCUUGGCUUUAGUCUCAAUUGUACAAGUGGUCAUGAACCAAGAAUACCAUUCUCUCAACAAAUAUUUGAGAAAAAGCCAGUUCCUAGCAAGGAGGAAGAAGAUGCACUCAGCUGUUGUGCAGAAUGCAGCUCCAAUUAUGAAAGAGAAGCUAGGUUGAAUUGUGGCCAGCAGAAAACUUGUGCAUUGUAUUCUAUUACAUGUGACACUAAGGAUUCUGACAAGGGUCCAUCCCCAUUGCCUGAUUGGCUCAAACCACAUGACAUUGAUACCACUAAGAAGGAUGAUUUGGCUGAGUUGAAAAGAAAGUGGAGCAGCUUGUGCCAAAAUCUUCAUCAAGGAAAGACUAAUCAAAGUCAAAUAAGUUCAGUUUUGUGCAAUGAAUACAACAGCAGUGGGAAGAAUUACUCCUUCAAUUCACUGUACCCAUGGUGGCCUAACCAGAACAGCAUAAUCACAGAGUGCAAAUCAAUUUCAUUUUGUGAUCCUCCAAGUUUGAAGCCUAAUCAGGGAGCCAGCACUGUGCCAAGAUUUAGAAGACAACAAUCGUGCCAUAUCGAGUUCAGUUUCAGCAAUGGCAACUCUAAAGAAAAUCAAUCAGUUGAGCCAAACUUGGAUUCUCUUAAAAUCAGCGAAGGGAAAGAAGUGAAAAUCACGCUUGCUCUUGGGAAUUCAAAGCUUUCUAACACCGGGAGUACUUUGGGAGAAGAGAUGCUCAAAAUGUUACAAGAAAAUUUGCCAUGGCAAAUGGAAAACAUGCAUACUAUUUUGGAUGUAUUGAUGGAUUUCAGCACAAUCAAGAAUUGGCUGCUGAUUCAGGGGAAUGACUCAAUCGGGAAACAAAGAUUGGCUCGAGUUAUAGCAAAAUCUGUAUUUGGUUCUGCUGACUUGAUCCUGUGCAUAAACAUGAGAAAGAGGGAAAAUACGAAUCAUCACGUUGAAUUGCUCAACAAGUCCUUAAGGAAUAAUGAAAAGCUUGUUGUCCUGGUGGAAGAUGUUGAUUUUGCUGAUUCAGAGUUGUUGAAAUUUCUUGUGGAUGCCUUUGAAAAUGGGAGCUCUAGCCAUUUGUUCAUCUUAGCAAGGACAAGUGAUAAUCUCACUGAUGGAAACACAGAGUCUGUUAUCCAGAUGAAACUGCUGGUAAGUGAGAAUCCUGGAUCAGUAUGUAUUGAUCAUAAGAGAAAAUUAGCUGAGUGGGAAUUGUCUUUGCCUAACAAGACCAAGAGUCCAAGAAACGAUAUGAUGGAAGAUGUCUCCUCAAUUACUGCUCGAAAUGGGAAAAUGAAGAAGGAAUUCACUAGGCAAUUGAGCUCAAACGCCCUUGACCUCAACAUCAAAGCAGACGAGGUCGAUGAGGAGGAUGAAAACGAAGCCAGAACUGAUGAUUUUAGCCCCAUUUCAAGUGACUUGACUCGCGACACAGCUAAUGAUCAACAUCACAACAACGACAACAACAAUCCACCACUUGGCUUUCUCGACCACAUCAAGAACCGUCUUGUCUUGAACCGCGAUUCAUCUCAAGAAAAGCAAAUGAGAGAGGUGUUCAUGUUCAAGAUGAGAAGGUCAUUGGAGGAAGUCUGUGGGAGUAAAAUACUAGACAGUUUCUGCUUGGAGGAAAUGGUGUUGGAGAAGGUUUUUGAGGGGUGUGGUUCAUUUCUCAACAGCUUGUUUGAUGAAUGGCUAAAAGACAUUUUUCAAACGAGCUUGCAGAUGGUUGACAUGGACAAACUCAAAGAGAAAGAGAUUGUGAUUAUCAAGCUUUGUUUGGGUAAAGAUGAGAUUGGCUUACACGAUGGUUUCAAAGGUUCAUGUCUUCCUAGAGGGAUUCAAGUUUCUAUCGUGAAUUAAGUACGUAGUCGCUUCUAUAACAUGUUGUUUCCCUUGCCUAUGCACCACUAUCACGUGUCCUGUAACUAGCUAGCUACUCUUGUUUCUUAAUAGAAUGUCUACUUUGUUUUCAGUGUUUUGUUGCCAAUAUACACUUAAACCCCUUUAAUUUC